AUGAUAGGUGUUAGUGAGGGUCCCAACUGGAAAAACUCUGAAUCAAUUUAUGCUUGGAUAAAGCAUUUUAAACAAAAUCCUGAUGUUCAACCAUCCAAGCUUGUGGAGUCCUUUUAUUCUCUUUUUCCUUUAAAAGGUCAAGAAGAUACACUACAAACUUUGUGUAAUGGUUCUGGCAGUAGGAAUGGUAUAUAUCAAAGAUUUUCAAAGAGAAAAAUAAGAGACCAUUCACUUCAUCCUAUUCCUGUCCUAGUUGGUGGACCUGGAACUGGUAAAAGCUGGAUCCUCCAAGAACUUCCUGCAUUACCACAUAAUCAUGUUCAACAAUAUUCAUAUGAUAAUGAACUGAAGAAUGCAAUUUGUGAAAAAAAAAUGUUUGCCAUUAAUGUCACAUUUGGUAAUGGUAGUAAUGUUGACAUUAGAGAUACUAAAAUUGGAGGUCAAGCAUCAGUUGGGUUAUGUAUACUUUAUGAGCAUUUCAUCUAUGGAAGUGAUAUUGAUUUUCACAAAUUCCAUGACCAAUGUUGUCAAUAUGCAAAUGUAGAGAAUUUUACAAUUCAUCAGGCAUUUGAAGUAAUUUUUAAGGAUAUCCACACUGACAUCAAAAUUGUGAUUCUUGGCAUUGAUGAAUUGAAUGCAUUACAUCAAGCAGAUCAAAGUUCUGAGAAGAUUUUAGUUUGUUCAAUUGUAAGAGCCAUUGGUGGAUUAAGUUUUAGCAGCAUGAAAAGAUUCUAUUGUCUGGAACAAUACAAGGGCCUCUUGAAGCUUUUGUCAGAGAUUCCCACGUAUCUUUUUUUAUGUUUACCACUCCAUCUUCUUAGUAAUGAUGAAAUGUUUGACAUUGGUGUAAAGAUUGCUGAAUUUGAACCACUUAUGGCAAAAUACAUAUCAAAUAACACCUUUUCAUGUUGCAUUAGUGACAUUGGUGGUCAGGUAUUUCAUGAGGUUAAAUCAGAACUCUUAUCACGAUAUCCACUUCAGGAUUUUGCAGUAGAUGCAACCCCAAUGAUGGCAUGUGCUAUUCUUAAUAUUCCAGUAGAAAGUACUGAUGCAAUUAACAUUGGAAAAUCCCAAAUAACUUAUCUUGAUCUUGCAUCAUUGGAAUUUAAUGCACAGUUUUGGGCUCUGCAUCUCUGCCUUCUUUCAGCAUUGAACAAAAAAAUUACAUUAAAAGAACUGUUUGGAGGUGCAAUUGGUGUUGGUGAUGUUUCAGAAACUGUAAUUGACCUUGUUUAUCAAUCUACAGUGGACAUGCAGUCACUGGAUUACAGAUACCCCCAUUCCAAGGAUGCUAAUUUGCAUGAAAAUUUGGGGAUUGUAUAUUGGAAUGAUCCUACAGCAAAACAACCUCAAACUAUAAAUAGAAAGAUGUUGGAUGAAGAGUAUGAUAAAUAUUUAGAAGGGAUAAAAAAAAUCUACAAUUUGAUUGGGAAAAAUUCUUCCAUUACAAAUUCAGCCUUGCUUUUAUCUACAAAUGGUAGAAGUACAUCAAAUCUUUUAUCACAACCAUUAGAGCAUAAUAACUAUUUUGUGGUGGAUUUCAUACUGAAGCAAUUAAGAACUUUAUCAACUGACCAGAAAUUGCAAAAGAAAAGAAAAGAGAGACCAUUUGAUGAUAUAGAAGUAAUUAAAAGUAACAAAGUUGAAAAAAACAACAGCAACAGCGGAAAUAAUAAUGAAGAAGGGCUUAGCCCCGAGUUUGUAGGAAAUUUCUUGGACAAUCUUACAAAAAUUUAUAAACAUGGUAAAACAUUUUUGACUUUGAGUGAAGAAAAGGAAAAUUUAUCAAAGGAAAUCUUGCAAAUCAGAAACGAAUAUAAUAGUAUAAUUAAAGAGAAGGAUAAAACAAUUUCUGAAAAUAAAAGAAUUAUAAAAGAGCUUGCUGUUAGUAAUUUACAACUAUCAACCAAAAAUAGUGAUUUGCUUUCAAAUAUUAAUAACACCACUCGUAAUUUAGAUGAAGUCAAAGAGGAACUACUAAAACAAAAUGCUAAAAAUGAGGAAUUAACUGAAACCAAUCUUAAUUAUCUAGAUCAGUUAAAUACAAUAAAAAGCUUUUUUGCCAAUCUUAAUGGUCGUAUUACUGAAUUAGAAUCACAAAAUAUAGCCAACCAGAUAUCAACCCAAUUUUCACAAGAUUUUUCUUUAUUGCAAGAUAAAAUUUAUAAUUACAUCACAAGUUUAAGAACUACAAUAGCAGAAAUUAAUUAUGACAAUAUAAAUGACCUUUUAAUAAAAUAUAAUUUGUCUGGUGUCAAAAACAUACAAAAAAAUAAACCAUUAAUUAAAGCUAUAUUGCAAAGAACAGUUUUUGACAAAUUGAUUGAAUUGUUGAAAGAUCUUGGAAAAAAUUGUUAUUAUUCAAAAUAUCAGAAUUUACAUAGAGACUCUUCACUUGAAUAUGAUUUAUAUGUAUCAAUAAACGGAUUAUAUAAUAAAGCAAACGAAUUAGUUAAAAAUCGAAAUCGUGAUCAACUUUCUACCACCACCACUACCUCCAGAUACAAUAAUACUGACAACGGCAAUAAAGAACACGAAUUUAUUACUUGUAAUAAGCAACUACUUGAUCAACAUAUAAGUCAAUACAGAAAAAUUAUAAAUCAACAAAAACAAAAUGAAAUUGACAAAUUAUCAGGUGAAAUUAUAAAAUAUUUCAUAAAAGUAUUUCAUUUCACACCUUUGGAAGAUUUGGAUGAUCUUGAACUUUGUUGGGUUCUUAAUGAAUCAAAAAUUGAUCCAGAAUUUAUGGAGGGUCAAUGGGAGUAUGAUAAAGUCGAUGAUUAUGUGGUAGAAAUUUGUAGAUUUCCCUUAAUUAGAACUCCCAAGAAAAUAUAUUCACUUGCAGAAGUAUUUGUUGGCACACUUGAUAAUUCCAAUACAAGAACUAAAUCUGACAUGUCACUUGAAAUCAUAAAAUUGAGAAAGUAA